CUAUUAAAAGGAUGUACUACAUUAAUGUAUGCAUGUCAAAAUGGAUUAACAAAAUAUGUUAUCAGUGAAUUAAAAAAUAAGCCCCAAUCAAUCUAUACAAAAGAUCGCCAAUCAAGGUCAGUAUUGCACUAUUGUUCUACUCCUAGAAAUGAAUUAGGACAUGUUUCAAGGGUGAUGAUGAAGGCACCAGAUUUGAUGGAGGCAGAAGACGAAGAUGGAUUUACACCACUUCAUUUGGCCAUUAUUCAAGGAAACUUGCCUUUAGUCAAUUUGUUGCUUAGUCAAAAUGCUAAUGUCGAUGCAUUAGAUAAUGAAGGACACUCAGUUGUUCAUUGGGCUGUUGUUUGUGGUGAAAUAGAUGCACUGAAAGCUUGUUUAAAUGCCGGAGCAGACAUUUCUUUAGCUGAUGUGAAUGGUGCUUCUCCAUUACAUUUUGCCGCUCAAUUGUGUGGAGCUAAUUAUGAGGGUAAAAGUGAAAAGGCUUCUUUUAAAUUGGCAUUAGAGAUUUUACAUGUGAUUCUCGAACACCCAUCAUCUAUGGUGGAUAAUGUAGACAAAGAUGGAAGAACACCUUUAUUAUGGGCUGCGUCAGCAGGCUCAGAAAAAGCAGUUUUGCAACUGGUUAAAGCUGGUGCAAAAGUUGAAAGUUCAGAUAAAGACGGUCUUACAGCUUUACAUUGUGCUGCUAGUAAGGGUCACACAUUAGUAAUAGACGCUUUGGUAAAAUUAUGUGGAGCUGAUGUUGAUUUGAUAGAUUCCAAUGGUUGUUCUGCUUUACACUAUGCGACAACGCUUGGACAUGCUGAUGCAGUUUCGAUUUUGCUAGAUCUAGGUGCAGAUCCGAACCGAUCAGACAGAAAAGGUCGUACUCCUGCUCAUUGUGGAUGUAACAAGGGUCAACUUGAAACAAUUAAAAUAUUAGGCUCCAGAAAAGGAAACCUUUGGUUACGAAAUGCUCGUGGUGAUUUACCUAUUCACGAGGCAUGUCAGUCGGGACGAAAAGAGCUUGUGCAAUGGCUUUUAGAACAAAAACCUAUACACGUUAACACUGCCAAUAAUGAUGGCAAAACAUUGCUUCACAUAGCUUCCAGCAAUGAUAAUGUUGAUUUAUGUAAAAUGCUGUUGGAUAUCGGGGCAGACGCUAACUCAAUUUACCGAACUCCAUCAAAUGUUGUGUUAACUCCUUUGGAUGUUGCUGUUCAAAAAGGUCACAGAAACACAGCAAAAUUCUUGCAAUCCAAUGGAGGUCUUCCAGCACAAAAAUUAAAAAUUACUGGAAAGCGACCAAGUCUUGUUUUGUCGGCAGGUUCCACUGAUUCGGAUCAAAUUAUGAAGGGAAAACUUGUGGAAAAAGAAGAGAUAUAUGAUAUUAAAAAAUCAAAAAAAUACGUUGUUUAUUCAGCUAAAACUACUACACUGCCGAAAAGAAAGUCUAAGGCUCAAGAAAUUGAAAAUGAAUCACAAGAUGCACUUUUGACAGUUGACAAACCUUCUAACCAAGAACCGAUUUCAAGUGCCGAAAAUCACGAAACUGAGAAUAAUACUGAAAUAUGGAAGGAGAAACAAACUGACAAAGAAUUUUCUAUUAAAGAGGUAGAUACACAAGCAAAACUUGAUGAUAAAGACAAAAAAACAGAGAUUGAAGAUGAAACUAAAAGUGCAGAAAAGUCUGAGCAAAAAAAAACCGAUGAAAAAACGAACAAAAAGGUUGAGUUCGACGCCAGCACAAAGCAUGUAGAAUCUUGUGUGAGUGCUGACAGGUCGAAAUUACAAAACAAUUUACCGAAAGAUGCUAAACACAGUUUUCAAGUUUUAGACGAGAUUAUUAAGCCAGUUUUAGAAAAUGAUGUGUACCAAGUCAGCCCAGAAGAUGAUUCUGGGAUUGAACCAAGUCCAAAAACUAUUCGAAGUGAAAAAAAAAACAUAAAAGCCGAAAAACGAAAACCUGGUGAUAAGUAUGCCGUUAAUAUGAGUACUGUAACAAGGUCCAUACAAAAAAACACAAAAAAGUACUAUAUGGAAAAGAAAAUAUUUCAGUAUUUAUUGGAGCUUAAGGGUCUUCAAAUGCGCUCCAACAAAUCAAAUGAAAAACUGAUUAUUAAAAGGGUAAUUGAUGAUUACCAUAAAGCAGUUGGGAAUGAAAUGCCCCCAUAUUCAUAUCAAGAAUACACAUUUAAGCAGUUUGAGCUGUUUUUGUAUGAAACAUUGAAAAGCUUACAAAAACGCGGUUCUUUUAAUUUUCAAAACUUGUCUGAAGUUCAUAACGAUGCUAGUGUAUCAGAUCUUUUGAAAAGCGAAAGAGCUCUUCAGUGUACGACUAAAACUCACAGGUGUUUACAUGCACUACAUUCGUAUACAGGAAUUCCAUGUGCAGCUUACAUACCAUUGAUGAACCACCACUCCAUACCAAAGUUAGGUUUUGGAUCCUUAAAAACAACAGCAGGAAGGUUUUUACCAAAAAUUUUAUCGGCAAAUUCAAGUAAUUCUAAUGAACAAAUAGAAAGUAAAAAACGAUAA